CAUCGCCCCGGCCGCCGCUGCCCGUAUCCCGCCGUCGUCGCUGCCGGCUCCACAGGAUCUCAUUAAUAGAGACCAAUUGGAAACUCCAUUCUCUUUUCAUGUUUUGGAGAGAUCUUGUUGGAGGUCUGUUUUAUAAUAUUUGCUUCUAUCACAUUGGGUGACAAAGUCUGCUGUUUUGAACCGUCUGUGCAUGGAAAAUGAAGAUGAUGAUGAUGUUUCUUUUGCCAAAUGGAUGAGCAGCUUCUGGGGCCACAGCUGGAUUGAUGAAAAUGAGAGAGAAUUAAGAAACCACAGGGAACGCCGAGCCCAGGAUAUCAAAAGAACCUCCCUGCCUUGUCCAACACAGUUUGCUGCCCUCCACAUGUCCACCAUUCAUGGACCCUCCACAGUUGUUCCAGUUUCUGGCCACCCCAGAAGGCAUUCUCAUGAAGAACAUGAAUUUGGAGGCGAUCGUCACAUGAGGGCAGGCAAAAUGUGCUCCCAGAGCAGUUCAUUGCAGGGGCAAAUGAAACCCAAAGGUAGAUCACAUUCCAUCCAGGAAUUUUCAGAAUACUUUGAGCAGCAGCUCUGCAUUAGAACCAAAAGACCAGUCUCUUUGGAACCUGAGGACAGAAAGGAGAGAAAAGAUAGAGAGAGCCUGAGAAGCAGGACAAGAGCCCAUCAGGAAGCAGGGGAAAGGAGGAGAUCAAAGGAAAAGGAACAGGAAGAAGCCAACAUAGCGGCCCUGACCAAAAAGAUCUAAGAGUAGUUCCUUGUUUUCACAUGACAACUGUAUGUAAAGAGAAGGAAGAGUACCAAUGUAAUUUUAAUAGAGUAAAUUAAUUCUUGAAAAUAGAAAUAAAGAUAUUUGAAGAACCACCAACACCAUCUCCAUCCCAUUCCCCACUCUCACUUCCUCUAAUCAAUCCUAAAUAAAAAC